UUUCUUCGAGGUGACAGAUUGGCACCCAUUGUAUCAUGUAGGGUCACCAGAUUGUGAUUUGUCGACACAGGUUACGUCACUCACGUGAAUCUAUUCAGAGUGAAACGCAACUUACUGCUUACGAUAGUUAUGGGGCAGGUAUAGACGUCUUCAAUAGUAUUUUGUGGACAUCUAUAGGCUCACAACCAUUCGCCAAUGAGAUAUUGUGAAGUCAUGACGUCGUUUCAGCAGACUCUCGUCGUUGCAUUCAUGAUAUUCUGGGUUUUCACCACCAACACGGUGAGGGCUCGACCCGUCGGUAGGAUUGGGGCUGAACCCGUCUACCAGCAGCAAAUUAUCAUUAACCCGCUGGAAGAUGAAACGUACUCCGGGACCAACUGUAACUGCUCCACGAUCCAAGAAAUUGUUUCUGAUGUAAUACAGAAUACGACUUGCCAGCUGGCUGAGCUAGAAACAAACAUCGCUAGCAAAGUAGACGGCGUGUCUGCAGAGUUGACUGACGUCAAACUACAGCUAGACCAGAUAAAGGAAUCCGUCAGUGAGCUUACUGAGCUCCUGAAAAAUGCAACAGUUACCCCUCCUCGGACUCCCAAGGACUGUUCUGAAGCAUUCGCUAACGGUGUGACUACCAGUGGUGUGUACACAAUUCAACCAGUCGAUGCUGAAGGGCCGUUCAGUGUGUACUGUGAUAUGGAGACAGAUGGAGGUGGAUGGACGGUGUUUCAGCGGCGUCAAGACGGCUCAGUUGACUUCUACCGUGACUGGGUGAGCUACCGCCAGGGGUUCGGUGAUCUGAACGGCGAGUUCUGGCUCGGCAAUGACAACCUGCACCGACUCACCGCUCAGGGCGCGUACCGACUGCGCGUCGAUCUUAAGGACUUCGAGAACAACUCUGCGUAUGCCGAGUAUGACAUGUUUCGUGUUGCUGAUGGGAGUGACAACUACCGGUUGACUGUGCAAGGCUUUUCGGGAACGGCUGGUGAUUCAUUGUCUCGUCACAGUAACCUUCCUUUCACCACCAGAGACAGCGACGACUCGACCGCUUCUAACUGUGCUAUAAUUUACACUGGUGCUUGGUGGUACGACGAGUGUCAUUCCUCCAAUCUGAAUGGCCUGUACCUCGGUGGACAGACGGAUGUCUACGCCAAGGGCGUAGUUUGGCAAGAUUGGAAGGGGUAUUACUACUCGCUGAAACGUACUGAGAUGAAAAUGAAAGCAGCUAACAGUUAGUUUCAUGGGCUUUGUAUGUUGGUUGAUUUGUUCUUGUCGAAACCCUUAAGUUAGUAACUUAGAUGAAAUUUCGUUCAUCAUACCAAUAAGGCUGCGAGUCAGGUUUAGGCUGGAUGCUCUCUCCGCAGUCAUGCAUUUUACUUUUUCCCUUACGCCUACAAUAUAUUUCUUUAUUUCCUUGUCUGUUUUCCCUUUUUUCUUUGCAUUUAUAUUUCAAUACAAAGACGAUAACUUAUA